AUGACUUUUUAUAAUCAGUCCUCAUCCAAUUGUACGUCUUUCUCUUGUCCACACGAUCAACACCGUCGCCCUCCUCUUACAACUGCCCCAGAUGAGAUUCGCCCUCACUUCCUUGACCUCCCGACCUCCGUGCAAUUCGUGCCUCCGGGAGGCCGUCUAAAACUGCGCUGUCGCGCCGCUGGCAAGCCGAUGCCAACCGUUGCUUGGUAUAAGGAUCGUACAGAACUGCGUAGCAGCCUCAGUGCUCCGCGGUCGGAUGCCGACAAGUUCUCGUCUCAGGAGGGCGUCUCCUCCGCCGAUGCCAACGAAGCGUCGACAGCGUCAAUGCGGGAUCGCUACAAAGGUCUUGAGCGCCCAGGACUGACGACGGCUCGUUCACAGACACAAUCGACGAUCGGUGAACGACUACGGGCGCCAGGUAUUGCUGAUAUUGAGUUCGUCGACCUAACCGAGUCGCUGAACGUGAGCUGCGUGGCCAGUUCGAGCAUGGGGCAUGCUAGUCACAAUGUGCAGAUAAUAGUAAAAGGUGGGCUUUUCUUGAUCAUUUGA